AUGGAAUGUGUUUCUUCCACUUCCUUUAGUGUGGCAGUCAAUGGAUCCAUUUAUGGCCACUUCAAAGGGCAGCGGGGUCUUAGACAAGGGGAUCCUCUCUCCCCUUAUCUGUUUGUGCUUUGUUUGGAGUACUUUUCCAGAGAUAUGAGCAGCCUCAAGGAUGAUGCCAAUUUUAAAUUUCAUCCCAAUUGUGCAGGUAUUCAGCUAUCUCAUUUGGCUUUUGCAGAUGAUAUUAUGCUUCUAUCUAGAGGAGAUAUCCCUUCUGUGUCAAUUAUGUUUGCCAAGCUUCAGCACUUCUGUAGGGUUUCAGGGCUUUCCAUCAGCUCUGAUAAAUCUGCCAUAUACUCAGCCGGUAUUAGGCCUCAUGAGCUUUCUCAUAUUCAGUAG